ACUUAAAUUACCAUAACUUCAUUAUAUGUUUCAAUCAUAUAUUCCACAAAUUUACCCAAUUUCUGUGUAAGAAGUCAUAACGAGUGAAUAAUUAUUUUAAUUACUACAAAUCAAGGUAAAAUGAAUUAUUAUAGAAAUAUACACAUUAUUUUAUUGAAUAUAAUAAUUUCAAAUGCAAUUAUUGUUCAUGAGACUAAUGAAUUAUUUACGAAUAUUGAAAAUCAAACUUUUGUAACCAAUGACGAUUUAGAUAAACUCAUAAAAGCAUAUCCAGCAUUCCUUCAACUAACUUUACAAGAAAAUAAAUACUACAUUGGUUGUGAUGCAUCUCUUUGUCCUCUACCUUAUGAUGAAAACACAGUAUUGGAUGAUCCUGAAGUUGAGAAAUUAGAAUUUUUCGACCCCAGAGAAUGUGAAAAACCGUGGUCUUGGACGCAACAAAAUCAAAUUAUUGUACCUAUUCCAAAAAAAUGUUCUAUUAACAAAAGGUUAGGAGAAUUAAUUCGUCGAGAUUACAAUUUAGAAAUUAUUCAGAAGUACACUUAUUACCUGAAUACUAUCGAAAGUGUUGGGAUAACUUUAGUCGAUAGAUUUUGUUUAUUUUUAGUUGAAGCCAUUGAUAGAAUCGAUAGUUUCUCUGAUGUUACAAUAGUUUUUAAAUCUUUCGAAAUAAAAGAAGAUCAUCUAAACAUGAAUUUCAGCAUAUAUAACUUUAAAAAGCUAUUUAAAAAUAUUUAUGAUACAUUUAAGCAAUACUUCAUAUCUACAUUACCCCUUGACUGUAUAUUGAAUAUUUUGCAGAAGAUUACUUUAAAUAAUGAAUAUAAAAAAUGGUUUGAUUUAUUAAUUAAAGAGGAAAAUAAAAACCAACACAGAGCACAAUUAUUAGAAUGCAUGAGACUAACAAAUUUAAAAAGAAACUAUACUAUUCUUGUAAAUGAUAACUUGUGGGAUGAUUUCACCCUAAGGGCAACACUUAAAAUUGACGAAUUAAUAAAAUUACAACAUGUCAAUGUUAGAAAGGGAGCUGAACUUUUUAAUGUGACGGAUUAUUUUAUAACAAUAAAUAAAAAAGUUAUGGAUAAAUAAUCAUAAUUAUAUAUUUAUUUUUUUGAAAAUUAUAUUAAAUAUUACAUUGAUCUAAUAUAUUAUAUUAGUAACUAAUAUA